UUGCGCAGGGGCUGCUGUAACGAGGUGAAGGACGCACUGACAGAGCCCCAGCAGUUUUUCCUCCACCCAGAGGCCGAGGGGCUCAGCCUGCAGGGAAGGAGCCAUUUUUGGACACAAACAUCCCGGUGGCUGCGGUGAGGGGAGAGGAGCUGCUGCCGCCGCGGAUCGAACCCGCUCCUGCGGGGGAAAAUACCGCUUCGGUUUGGUGUCUAAUUAGAUAUUUACCAGGAAGGAAGGAAAGAUAUAAAUAGGGUGACAGUGACUUCAAAGGGUGUUUUUUGACUUCUAAGAAUAACACCUUCGCUGGCGCCGAUUUCGGGAAUAUCGGCCGUGCCUGGGUGUGAAAGACGGAGGAGGUGUCGCAGCUCGGUCGGCAGCCAAGGGAGCAAACCCAGACCCCAGCCCCCGUCCGGCCCCACGGGAGCAGCUGAGGAAGGGACAGAGCCCGUGCAGGGCUCGGCUGCAGCCACAGGAGGGGUUUGGGGAGACGGCCGGUGCCGCGACGCGCGCAGGAGGGGACGCGUGGCACCAUGGGGACCCCAUCCCUGUCCCCGUGGGCGGUGCUGGUGCUCGCCCUGGUGCUGCUGGGGCUCUGGGCUCCCCGUGUGCUGAGCAGGCAGCCCAACUUCAUCGUCAUCCUGGCCGAUGAUGUGGGCUGGGGGGAUCUGGGCGCCAACUGGGCGGAGACGAAGGAGACCCCGCAUUUGGAUCGGUUGGCUGCCGAAGGAACAAGGUUCGUGGAUUUCCACUCGGCUGCGUCCACGUGCUCCCCGUCCCGCGCCUCGCUGCUCACGGGGCGCCUGGGGCUGCGCAACGGCGUCACCCACAACUUCGCCAUCGCCUCCCUCGGGGGCCUCCCCCUCAACGAGACCACCCUGGCCGAGGUCCUGAGGGAGGCUGGGUACAGCACAGGAGCUAUAGGCAAGUGGCACCUGGGACACCACGGCCGCCAUCACCCCAACUCCCGCGGCUUCGACUUCUACUUUGGGAUCCCCUACAGCCACGACAUGGGCUGCACGGACAGCCCCGGCUACAACGUGCCGCCCUGCCCGCCCUGCCCGCGGCACGGCGCCGCUGCCAGGGUGGCGAGGAAGGACUGCUACACAGAUGUCGCCCUGCCUCUCUUGGAGAACGUCACCAUCGUGCAGCAGCCCGUGGAGCUGGGCAGCCUGGCCAGGCGCUACGCGGAGGAGGCGGCGCGGUUCAUCCGGAGAGCCAGCGACAGCGGACGUCCCUUCUUCCUCUACCUGGCCCUGGCCCACAUGCACGUCCCGCUGAGCCCCCCACUGCCCCCCGCUGCGGGCAGGGGCGUCUACGGAGCGUCCCUGAGCGAGAUGGAUGCGCUGGUGGGACGGGUGAAGGAGGUCGCUGACAGCCUCGGCAGGGGCAGCACGCUCCUGUGGUUCACAGGUGACAAUGGCCCCUGGGCACAGAAGUGUGAGCUGGCAGGACGCCUGGGGCCAUUCGUGGGUGCCUGGCAGAGGCAGCGAGGUGGGAGCUCAGCGAAGCAAACAACCUGGGAAGGAGGGCACAGGGUGCCAGCCCUGGCGUACUGGCCCGGCCGUGUCCCUGCCGGGAGGACGAGCCACGCUCUGCUCAGCGUCCUGGACAUCUUUCCCACGCUGGUGGCCCUGGCUGGGGCAGCGCUGCCCCCAAGCAGGCGCUUCGAUGGCUUGGACGUGUCCCCAGUUCUCUUUGGCUGGUCGGAUGUGGGGCACAAGGUUCUGCUCCAUCCCAACAGCGGCGCAGCCGGGAAGAUCGGCGAGAUCGAGGCGCUGCGGCUGGCCCAGUACAAGGCGUUUUACACCACAGGAGGAGCCAUGGCCUGUGAUGGCAGCACCGGGCCAGAGGAGCGGCACCAACCACCCCUCAUCUUCAACCUGGACCGUGACGUGCAGGAGCAGGAGCCUCUGGAUGUGGCAUCCAGGGAGUACCAGGCAGUGCUGCCUGCCAUCAGCAGGGCUUACGCCCAAGCUCUGCAGGACAUUGCAGCAGACAAUGUCUCGGCUGCAGAUUAUUCCCAGGAUCCAGCUGCAAUUCCCUGCUGCAACGCGCGGCACGUGGGCUGCCGGUGCCACGGGGCUGGCGGAGGUUUGGGAUCCUCGUGGCAUCCCCACGUGGAAAAGAGAACACCAUGGCUUUGUCUUUAAGCAAAUAAUUGCUCAGGCUGCUCCCUUCCCAAGUGUGGGGUCUGUGAACUCCUGGAGGUGGCCAUGGAGAGGGAUGGAGGCUGUGGUUCCCUUUUGGGUGAGUUGGGUGUGGGACUGGGGCAGCACACAGAGGGUCCCCUUUGGACCCUGGGCAUGUGGAAGGCUUUUUUUAGGGCUCUUUAUCUGGGAAAGAGACAGCUCUUGGAUUAAAACUACCUUCUG